AGGGAGCGGUCGAGCUCCCCGGCUACACCGGAGAGCUGCACGUUUCAGAAGAAUGACUAAAAAGUUUAAGUCACUCAGACCUCCGCUUCCCCUUCUGCUUGCUGCAGAAAGAGAUGUAACCUGAAUCUUUGUUUAGGUUUUGGUUGGGGAGCGAGAAUUAAAAAGCCACGGCAAAUGCAGAGAGCAGAUUUUUUUUUUUUUAAGUCAAAAGUUAACAGGCCAUUCCCAAUGUUUUUUUUUUUUUUUUUCUUUAAUAGUAAAUCUGGAGUAAGUUGGCUUGCCCUGAUAAAGAUCUUAACAUGUACAGAAGGCGGGUUUUCCUUAAGGAGCUCACUUAACCUGAGGCAUGGAGACUGUAAUUUGGGAGACGAAGCCUCGAGCCUAAGGCGUUCUCGGGUACAUUGCCCGGGGCUCAUGUCGGAGGAGUGCGGGCGGAUUGCAGCCCUGGCGGCCGGGAGGACUCGGAAAGGCGCCGGGGAAGAGGGACUGGUGAGCCCCCAGGGAGCGGGGGACGAGGACUCGUGCUCCUCCUCGGCCCCGCUGUCCCCGUCGUCCUCGCCCCGGUCCAUGGCCUCGGGCUCCGUCUGCCCCCCUGGCAAGUGUGUGUGCAACAGCUGCGGCCUGGAGAUCGUGGACAAGUACCUUCUCAAGGUGAAUGACCUGUGCUGGCAUGUUCGGUGUCUCUCCUGCAGUGUCUGCAGGACCUCCUUAGGAAGGCAUACCAGCUGUUAUAUUAAAGACAAAGACAUUUUCUGCAAACUUGAUUAUUUCAGAAGGUAUGGAACUCGCUGCUCUCGUUGUGGGAGGCACAUCCAUUCUACUGACUGGGUCCGGAGGGCCAAGGGGAAUGUCUAUCACUUGGCAUGCUUUGCCUGCUUUUCUUGCAAAAGGCAGCUUUCCACAGGAGAGGAGUUUGCUUUGGUGGAAGAGAAAGUCCUCUGCAGAGUGCAUUAUGACUGUAUGCUGGAUAAUUUGAAAAGAGAAGUGGAAAAUGGUAAUGGGAUUAGUGUUGAAGGUGCCCUCCUCACAGAGCAAGAUGUUAAUCAUCCAAAACCAGCAAAAAGAGCUCGGACCAGCUUUACAGCAGAUCAGCUCCAGGUAAUGCAAGCACAAUUUGCUCAGGACAACAACCCAGAUGCACAGACUCUCCAGAAACUGGCAGAAAGGACAGGCUUGAGCAGACGUGUGAUACAGGUGUGGUUUCAGAAUUGUAGAGCACGCCACAAGAAACACGUCAGUCCUAAUCACUCCUCCUCGGCCCCAGUCACAGCAGUCCCACCCUCCCGGCUGUCUCCACCCAUGUUAGAAGAAAUGGCUUAUUCUGCCUAUGUGCCCCAAGAUGGGACGAUGCUAACUGCGCUGCAUAGUUACAUGGAUGCUCAUUCACCAACAACUCUUGGACUCCAGCCCUUGUUACCCCAUUCAAUGACACAACUGCCAAUAAGUCAUACCUAAUUCCUUUUUUCAGGGAUAGAAAUGAUUAAGGAUAUAAUCUUGUCAUUUAUUAUGUAUAAAAUACCAUUGAAAAGAUAUUAAUGUUAAUUUUUUAUUUAACACUCAAAGCAUUUUCAACAUCACUUUGCUGCCCAGGUAUGUAUCUAUUGUUGGCCUGCAAGACACUUUUAUUGAUUCUUCAUUUUUUUGUAAAAUUUAUGUUUACAAGAAGAAAACAAAUCAACUUUUUUUUUUUUGUAUUGUCUGGAAAUAGUUCACUCUAGUGUGUAUCUGUUAAUUUAUUUGUCAUCAAAAGAGCACUUUGCCUAAAAAACAAAAGGACUGACAAGUGUGCAACAUGUUUACAAUCCUUUGUGAAAUUGUAGUUUACCAUUAGUUUGUAUCUGUAAGUUAUUGUUAUAAAUAUUACCUGUAUUUUUUGUUAUAUACAACUUUAUACUUUGAAGCUUGUAUCUGUGAAUUUUGCAACUGCAAUUUAUUUUGCCAAUGUUUUCUGAAUGAAUUGAAUAAAGCUUCUGUUGUAGCAUGCCAUGCAAACACAUUAUUGUGUUUGUGGUUGAUGAAUUAUGGCUGUAAAUAACACUAUAGUUUAAUAAGCCCACCCCUCCAAGUUUAUUAAACAUUUUCCAUUCUUGUGAAAGUUUCAA